UAUUGAUAUGUGGCAGAUUCGGGUGUACGAUAAUGAUUUAUCAUGCACCACCGACGCACAGUUUGAUGCCAUCAUGCUACCUUGGACUGAGUUGUUUCCACAUCUGCUGAGGUCUACUGGCUAUUAUGAUCAAGUCAACAACAACAUUCUGAAUGUGGACUUAGGGGACAGUAGCCAACUCAAAUCAAUGCAUGCUAGACGCAUGCCAAGUGAGGUGGUUCCCCAAAGUAAAACAAGUGGUGAUUGCGGGGUGUAUGCACUUGAGUACAUCGAACACCUCAUGCUGAAUCGGUCCUUGGACAACAUUACAGACGAUAGCAUGAGAAUGUUCAGAGAUCGGUGGUGUGUAGACUUGUUUUAUCAGAACUUAACUUGGUGAAAUAUAAUUUAAAAGGGUUGUAAAUUUUUUGUAUUAUAGACGAUAGUUGUUUUUAGUACUGUACAGUUUUUAUAUAUGGAAAAGUGUUCAAUUUAAAAACUUUUACUUACAUGUCGCUACAAAAUCGUUAACAUGUCG